AUGAUGAAUCUGUUAUUGUAUUUUUUAUUGUUAUUGACAAGUGUUCGAGCACAACAACAUUUAUGUUUAUGUUCAUGUUGUUAUGGUCUAUCAUGUAAUCUUAUUUCUUUACCUGCGAUUAGCAUGCAAACUUGUACAUUAGAAACAUGUCUUGCACGAUGUCAAGCUACAUAUUCUCAAUGUCAAAUACAUCAUCCCUACAAUCUUAUUUCACCACAAUGUAAUUCAACAACUGCUCCACUAUUUAAUUGCCGAUGUGAUUGUUGCAAUACAGGCUCUCCUUCAUGUUCACCUUCAUAUAUUGGCAAUAGUCUUGCAUUUGUAUGUAACACUGAAUCAUGUAGUAUAUCAUGUGCCACUCAAUAUCCAAAUCUAUGUGUAUCAAAUCAAUAUGGACGAACACAAGGUACAUGUCAAGGUCUCAGAACAACAACAACAACAACGUCAACUCAAACAGCUAUUGAGCCUUGGUUAGGUAAUGCAUGUUCAUGUAUGUGUUGUCAAACAGGUUUUUAUUGUUCACCAACAUAUGUGGGUCUAACAUCAGCAUCUCAAUGUUCAUCAGGUGCUUGCACACAGGCAUGUAAAAAUCGAUAUCCAUUAUUAUGUCCAUCAUUAUUAACUAAUGGUAAAGUAAAUGGUACAUGUGUCAGCAGUACUAGUGGAAAUACGCUUUGUAAAUGUGGUUGUUGUAGUGCAAAUGGAUGUAUGAAUUAUGAAAUUAGCACAUAUGGAAAUUGUGCAAUGUGUAAUUCAAUAUGCCGACAACAAUCACCAUGUGCUAAACCUGAUCACGUAACACAUACUUGCUAUAAUAAUAAUAAUGGAAAGUGGCCUCUUCCAUGGUUAAUUUUUAUAUUAACAAUGAAUUUUUCUACUUUAUUUAUAAUUUAUUAA